ACCCUUUAUGAACAGUUAGCAGCACACCAACACAUGAGCGGCUGGUGGUGCCGCGGCCUGGCGCUGUUGUUGUUGUGAAGUUGUUUGCACGUUUCCCUCACCAGGACAAGUUACACCACUCAAUCCCAACAACUGAAAUUUUACCCACGCCUUCCACACGAUCAUCUUGUGAUGCCUAAAACCUAAUAAAGAAGUUUGAUGUUUAUGUUCCUCUUGUUUCUGAAGAGGAAACAGGAAAGUGUUAUAGAAAUCAUCCUAGCAACCUGGGGAAGAGGAUGCCAGUGACUCACUUAACUGACAGACUCUUCAAGGGCGGCACCAUCACUACCUCCACCAACCACAUCACUACCACCUUGUGUCCCCCAAGUGAGCUGGAAACAUCCUUUGGCUACCAUAACUACCAACACUAUUGCUGCUGCUGCCCUCAGUUCCUCCAGCACUACCACCUUUCCCUAUAGCUGGUAUUCUGUCAUCUAAUUUAGACAGAAUGGAGCGACAACUGAUGAAAGAGCGCAAUGCCUUUUUGAAAAAGGCAUUGGAAACUCCAUUGGAAGUCAAAAAGAGGCCCCAAGUACCACCGCCACCUGAGCCUCAGAAGAAGAAGGUUCCCAAAUCCCUUGCAUCAGACCCUAAUGCAUACAAAACUGUGUCAGGAGGAAGCCAGUACAAGUUUGGGGUGCUGGCGAGAAUUGUGCGGCACAUGAAAACCCGUCAUCAAGAUGGGGAGAUGCACCCACUUUCCAUAGAUGAAAUUCUUGAUGAGACCAAUCAACUUAAUGCUGGUCCCAAGGUGAAACAGUGGCUGGUGACAGAGGCUUUGCCCAACAAUCCCAAGGUGCAAGAAGUGGAGGGCAAGUACUUGUUUAAGCCACCACUUCCUGUGAGGGAUCGUAAGUCACUGCUCAAACUCCUUCGUCAGCAUGACAUGAAGGGGCACGGUGGUGUGCUGCUUGAUGACAUUCAAGAGUCUUUGCCUCAUUGUGACAAGGUUAUGAAGCAACUAGACAAGGAAAUCUUACGUGUAGUGCGGCAAACAGACAAGAAGCAGAUCAUCUUUUAUCAUGAUAAGGGCAUCAAUUUCCCUGUGGAGAAGGAGUUCCAGCAAUUAUGGCGCAACACUUCUGUUGAUGGUCUUCAAGAUGACAACAUAGAAGAAUAUCUUAACAAGCAGGGAAUCAAGUCAAUGCAAGACACAGGGCCCAAGAUUAAGCCUAUCCGUAAGAAAGUGAGAAAGUCCCGGUCUCGAGCUACUAAGAUCUCUGACAAUGAGCACAUGCAACAUGUUCUGCAGACCUAUGAUGAUGCCUAGCAGAACCUACUUUCCUGCCAUUUACCUCUGGUCCUUCUGUCUCUGUGUGUCCUUUCCUUUCUUUCUUUUCAGCAUCACAACUUCCACUCAUCUCAAAGAAAAUACAUUUUUGCUAAGUAGAUAUUUACUUCCAAGCUUACUCACUGUAACACUCUUUGUCACCUAUAGUAAUUUGGAUCAGAGAACCACAUUAUUCUUCUUUAAAAACUGAUGACAAAUUCUUUCUUCCUCCAUUUUGUCUAUUUUGUUUUGGUUUUCUUUACUAUUUUUUUGUUUAUUAUUCAAUAUUUCAUAUACAUGUAUUUUUCCCUUUUCCUCACCCAUUCACAUCAGAUUAUUAGCUUUUUCAAUUUUGGUUUUUCUUAAUUCUUCCUUCCCUCUCUUUGUACCUUCGUGCUUUUAUGCCUUCACUUUCCUUUUUUUUUUACACAUUUAUUUCUCCCUUGCCUUCAACUCAGUUAUGCUGCUUGGACAAAGUUGGUUUCUCAGCUGUUUCCAUAGAUAUGUUCUCUGGUUUGGUGUUAGUAUUCUGGGAUGGUUAAGAAAAGAAGGAUAAUAAGUUUUAUCCCCUUACACCAGGUUAUCCCCACCUCCUCUUCAAGUGUGGAUGUGGGUGUGGAUUGCAGUAUAUGUACUGGUAUAUUUAGAGGACUCGUUAAUCUCUAUGAUGUAGGUAAGUAUCUAUGAGCUGCAGUAUUGUGUAAAUUUACUGAAAAAUGAGUAUUGAGAAGGGUUAUGUGGCUGUCUUAUUAAUUGUGUGUGGAACUUCUUUGAAACAUGAUUGUGCAGUUGCAUUUAUAUAUUACUAUUUCUUUUACUUCACAUUAUCUUCAGUCUUUUGCUUUAAAACUAUUUUUUCUCUUCCAUUAAAGAUUAAUGAGAUAAUAUGUAAACAGGUUGUUGUUCUGUUAUUUUAGAUUUAAACAUGUUAUGUCUGAUUAUCUUGACAAGAUGCAGCACAAAGUUAAGUGAAGUGAUAAACCAUACAGAAGUAUCUGAAGGGCAGUCCAUAAUUGAAUACCAUUUUAUGCCUUGAAAAUUAAUUUAGAAGUCAUAUAAAUACAAUGGAUGACCAUUGUUCUGUGGUACAGCUGUUGAAUGGUUUCCUUUAUGCUUCAAUUUCUUUUUGGAGUGAGAUAAAUUCAAAGUAUUAACCCUGUGUAGAAACUGUACAGUAUUAGGAAUGUGUUGAAUGAAAUAUGUAUGCCUACUUUAAUCAAAUUACCUGUAGUCAUGAUAGUGACUGCUUUGUUGCCACUCUUUAUGAACUGGUUCUUAAUGCACUUCUGAUGGAUCGACUUUUACACUGGAGAGGGAUGCACAUUGUCCUGACACAUCUCGCCCACUUAUUCUGCCGUCAUAUCUCUUGUCAUUCUGUUUUGAUUAUUAUUAUUAUUUGCUGCUGCUGCUACUACUACUACUACUACUACUACUACUACUACUACUACUACUACUACUACUACUACUACUACUACUACUACUACUACUACUACUACUACUACUACUACUACUUUUACUACUACUACUUUUACUACUACUACUACUACUACUACUACUACUACUACUACUACUACUACUACUACUACUACUACUACUACUAGUACUGCUGUUGCUGCUGCUGCUGCUGCUGCUGCUGCUGCUGCUGCUGCUGCUGCUGCUGCUGCUGCUACUACUGCUACUACUACUACUACUGCUGUUUUAUUGCUGUUAUUAUUAUUAUUAUUAUUAUUAUUAUUAUUAUUAUUUAUUAUUUAUUAUUUAUUAUUAUUAUUAUUAUUAUUAUUAUUAUUGUGUGUGUGUGUGUGUGUGUGUGUGUGUGUGUGUGUGUGUGUGUGUGUGUGUGUGUGUGUGUGUGUGUGGAAUAUCAUCACCUUGUUAUUUAUAACACCAGAACACCUCAGGAGAGCUGCCAGCUCAUCACCAUAUUACAAUUAUAGGCUGAUAGGCUGUUAUCAUGCCAUAUCAAUGGGGAAGAAACUUUGAAGCUUGCCAGGAGAUUUCUAUAUUUAUUCAGCAUUUCCAAAUGGGAGUGACAACAUAUUCUGAUUCUGAUUAUGCUUGAGUUUUGAAAUGAUGAAAGUAAAUUUUUUUGUUGCUGUUUAUACAUAAUUCUAAUAAAUUGUGUGACAUCUUUUAAUUAUAAAUUGUUGCAAUCCAGAUUCAGCUUUAGUAUGAAUUACUGUAAAGCAGUCAUGAGAUGUUCUUCAUACUGGUUCCCUCAAGUAUCUUGCAGUCAUAUGUGCCAAUAACAAGUUUAUAUUUAUUGAAACAUCAUUAAGUCUCAUCAUUUCAUGUAAUAACUAUUUUUUCCUCAUCCUGUGACAUAAAUCAUGUCUCCCUUUUCAA